AUGAACAGAGGCGACGAGGCUCUACUCCCCCGAUUAGACAUCCUCGAGCUCAAGUUUCCCGAGCGUUUUGAAAUCUAUGAACUCGAUAAGCACCCGCUGGCCGCUUUGAAACGCUUGCGUUGGGCCACUGAUCCGGACGAUUCGUCUUUCUUUGGGAGUGGACAUCAGAGGGAGGGCGUAUCGUUUAUAUGUGAUCAAUACGUUACCUUGUUUCUCCGGGUCACUCCUCUUUAG